AUACCAAACAUCAUUUUCGUCACUUUCCAAUUAAAAUGCUUUCUUACGUUAUACAUUACUAUAAUUUAUCAUUCAUUAAAACUUAAAAUUGAUGCAAAUUCAGAUUAUAUUUUCAUUACACCAAAGGUCCAAAUAUAUAAUACACAAAUGCAAAUGCUAAGUCGCAUACUCGCAUGUCAAGUGACACCCAGGCGGACAUGGCUGUUUUUGGGUUUUUGCGGAUAGACGGUCACUUGGUUCAUCACUUGCGAGAUGGACUCGUGCUGCAAUAUACUUCGACUCUCUACCAUUCUAUUUUUAGCUUAUUUAAAAAAGCAACAAUUAGAAAGGGAAGGAGAUACAACCAAAGUAGAAACUAAGAAGAGAAAUAGAAGAAGAAGGAGGACCAGGGAAGGAUAGAAGGCGGUCUCUAACGGUGCGGUCCACGGCAGCCUUAGUCACAGAAGCCGAAGUGGAGAUGUUGGUGAAGAUCCUUGCAUUUCGUUCGCGCCAAAUGAGAUAGCACGCAACCUGAGCGAUGAGCUUGAUGAUGACAGAAGAGAGAGUUUGAGGUUGGAGCUUGCGCUGUAAAAUCUAAGAUGAGACUGAGAGAAGAUCCAAGGGUGGCAAGCGCCAAACUUUAGAAGUUAAAGCUUCCCAAACAGAGGAAGAGAAGGGGCAUUCGAAGAAUAAGUAUCGAUGAGUCUCGAUGCCAGCAGAACAGAGAACACAAGCUGAGGUGACGUUAAUACCCCAGCCCCGCAACCUGUCCUUAGUAGGCAAUCUGCCCAGGAACGCAAGCCACAUAAUAAAUGAGUAGCGCGGAACUAACUUGAUUUUGGAGUCAAUAAUCCAUAGCUUGCUUUUCAAAUAUCUUUUUGUUUUUUUUGUUUUCCACGUUUUUCAAAUAUCUGUUGGACCAUUUUGUCUUAGAUUUAGAUUCAAUAACUUUUGCUAU